AUGUCCCGAAAGUACAUAGUUAUGGAUCAGUUCUAUGCAGCGGAGCCAACAUUUUCCAGCGCGGAUGCCGUCAGUGGGGACGCGGACCCUGAAGCUGUCUACGAGCGUACCGUGUUACGAUUGACGCAAUGGCGUCGAGCGUCUCCGCCUGACGCUGUAAUCGAAAGUGCCUAUAAAUCAUGUGACAGCGGUUCCCUGCACCUGCGGCAAAUCCCUUUCUACUGUAUUUUCCGGAUUAUCGAAGGAGUAAAUUGUAAAAUCGCUGCUGACUUUGCUUGA